CCUCCAUUCGCAUCAGCAAUUCCCCACCUCCAAGCGAAACACCUCCCACUCCCUCUCCCACCUCCGAAGCAGCAGCAGCCAUGGCCCCCAAGGCAGACAAGAAGCCGGCCGCCGAGAGCAAGGUCGAGAAGGCGGCGGAGAAGACCCCGGCGGGCAAGAAGCCCAAGGCCGAGAAGCGGGUGCCGGCGGGCAAGACGGCGGCCAAGGAGGGCGGCGAGGGCAAGACGAGGGGCCGGAAGAAGGGCAGCAAGGCCAAGAAGAGCGUGGAGACGUACAAGAUCUACAUCUUCAAGGUGCUGAAGCAGGUGCACCCGGACGUGGGCAUCUCCUCCAAGGCCAUGUCCAUCAUGAACUCCUUCAUCAACGACAUCUUCGAGAAGCUCGCCGGGGAGUCGGCCAAGCUGGCGCGCUACAACAAGAAGCCCACCAUCACCUCCCGGGAGAUCCAGACCUCCGUCCGCCUCGUCCUCCCCGGCGAGCUCGCCAAGCACGCCGUCUCCGAGGGCACCAAGGCCGUCACCAAGUUCACCUCCUCCUAGACUGAAUCUCUGAUUGCGUCGCCUUGUUGUUCCAAAUGUAGUAGUUGGCUGCUGCUGACUCUGCUUAUCUCUCUGCAAGUAGUGGUAGUGGUGGAUGAUUGCCAACGCUCUGUUGGCUCCUUGGUUGUUAGAGGUGAACUUUUGCUUUUGCAAACUGAUAUCAGUAUCCAGAAAACGUUGCAGUCGUGGUUCUAUAUCCGUGCCAGUGAUGAUUUGACUGA